GUCAACUCGGUAUUCCAGCAGUCAGUAAACGUGAUGGCUCAUAAAACUGAUGUUUUGAGAGUUUUGAUCCUGUAUAAAUUUGGAGGGAUAUACAACGAUAACGACGUGAUCUGGAUCAACCCAAUCUCCGAAGAUCUCCUCCGGUACCCGACUGUUGCGUGUCUGGAACUGUCGAGAGUCGGAGACUGGCCCAGAGUGGUCAGCAAUGGCAUCGUCAUCUCAAAGCCUAAAGCCCCCUUUUUAAUUCAUGUCUUGGAGUCUUAUUGGUACUUUAGAGACGACAUAUGGGCACUCAACUCGGUCCUGAUGUACUACAAGAUCCUUGAGAGAUACCCAGACACAAUCCACAUCGACAAGAAGCUACAGAUCGAGUGCGGCAAUGAAAACCUCUACAGCUGUCAUCCCGUUUGGAUUGAGGAUUCGGAGAACAAACAUCAGCCCUAUACCAUACAGGACGCCACUGCUGCCCAUUUUACCCAUCUGGGAUACCCAUCUAUUUUCAAAUCUUUUGCGGACAUAAAAACCAAAAGUGGGAUCGGCGUUGAGUUGGCGAAUCGAAUCAUGCAAUCAGUGAGACAAACAGGAAAAAACUAUUUGUUGGAUGAUAACUGAAAUGUUUACUUCAUCUUUUUUUUUAAUCACAUUUUUAAAAACCUUUUAUUUGAAUGAAAUAGAGGUUUUUAAUCUCGAUUUAUUUU